AUGAAGGUCGCCAUUGUAGGAGCUGGGUUUGCCGGCAUCUCGACCGCCAAAUACCUCCAACAGUACGGUCACGAUGUCACCGUGUUCGAAGCAUGCGACGAUCUCGGAGGUGUCUGGUCCAAAGCGCGUCGCUAUCCCGGUCUCGCUACGCAAAACUCCAAGGAGACCUACAGCCUUUCCGAUAUGGACAUGCCUCGUCACUAUCCUACCUGGCCUGCAGCUCAACAAGUCCAAGACUACCUAGAUGCUUAUACCGACAAGCACAACCUGCGACGUCUCAUGCAGUUUGGCACACGCGUAGAGCGCGCGCAUCCUACCCAACACGGUUGGGAGAUCACCACCAAGAAAGGCACCACCACUCAAUCCCACCACUUUGAGCACCUCGUCGUUGCCACCGGUACCUUUUCGCGAGGCAAGAUCCCAGACUACAAAGGGAUCGACGAAUUCAAAGCUGCCGGAGGUCACAUUUGCCACUCUUCCGAUCUCGGUCUGGAUCCAAAGACGGUUCAAGAUAAAAACGUGCUCGUCGUCGGCUAUGGAAAGAGCUCAUGCGAUGUCGCCAAUGCCGUCUCGGCCAGCGCCAACAGUACCACGCUCGUUGCACGUCGUUUGAUCUGGAAGUUGCCUCGAAUGAUCCGUGGCAUCCCUUACCAAUACCUCCUCUUGACACGACUCGGUGAAUCGCUCUUCGAGUACAUCACCCCAUCGGCUUUCGAGAAAUGGUUCAACUCUGGUUCCGGUCGUAUGAUUCGCAAUGCAAUGCUCAACUCGUUACAGUGGGUUGUCACCGGUCAGCUCAAACUCGACCACUUGGGUCUCGUCCCCGAAGGUCCUUUCGAAGAGAUCGCUCGCAGUACCAUCUCACUCUCCACCGAAGGACUGUACAAGAACAUCGAGGCUGGCAAGGUUUGUGUCAAGCGUGAUGCCGAGAUCGAGUUGCUCACCAAGGAUGCCUCGGGUCGACCGGUGGCGGUGCUCAAAGAUGGCUCGACGCUUGCGUGCGAUUUGCUCAUCUGCGCCACUGGUUUCCACCAGAACGUGCCCUUCCUACCCGUCGAUAUCCAAAAGAAGUUUCUCGACCAAAACGACAACUUUCUGCUGCACAAACACAUCCUCCCGAUCGGCGUACCCAAUCUCACCUUCAACGGCUACAACUCUUCGCUCUUCUGCCCCACCUCCUCGGAAGCUGCCGCUCUAUGGAUUUCUGCCCACCUCGCUGGUCUCACCCACCUGCCACCGGAAGACGAAAUGCUACAAGCCGCCAAACAAAAGCUCGCCUGGUUGGACGCAAGAAGCAAUGGAAAACACGCUCACGGCACCAACUUGGUUCCGUUCAGCUUGCAUUCCAUCGACGACACCUUGAAGGAUGUCGACCUCGGUUUGGGUACCUGUGCCACCAUCAGGCAGUGGUUGCUCCCCGUCAGACCACGCGAUUAUGCCGGUUUGGGCGCUAGGCUCGGUAAACGGAUCCACGAGGCAAAUGCGGCCAAGCUGAAACACUAG